AUGAGCUACAAUAUUCAUCCUGAAUGUACAUCUGAGAGCAACGCCGACUCCGACAUAGCAAUUUUAAUCCUCAAGCAGCCCAUCGAGUUUAGCCCUAUAAUCAAACCUAUUUGUCUAUGGUCCGGUUCGUUCAGUCUUGAUGACGUCGUCAAUAGAACAAGAUAUAUCGUAGGAUGGGGCGAAGACGCGUUGGGUCGUUUUUAUGUUCACGAACAACGGAUGACUAGAGAGACCUGUCUUCGAAACAAUCGUUCGUUCGACGAUAUCACCUCGCCACGCACUUUUUGCGCCGGUUCGCUAGAAGUCAGCCCUUGCCACGGUGACAGCGAGAGCGGGCCAGUGCUUCUGGACAGCUUCUGGACAGUAACACGGGUCGUUAUCAAUUGCGCGGCAUUCUUUCCCUGA